AUGAUACUUUCUUCAUUGAAUGCGAAAUCUACUAGCCCAUAUAUGGUAUUGAAAGAUCACCGUAAACAAAACACAUAUCACCUAUCUUCAAACAAGAGCGUUAAUCCCCAAAUGUCUCUAGCAUACAUCGAGAAUGAUAGAUGUUCGUAUUCGCACAAAUUAGACCUGGUCCUCAGAGCCCACCAUAUUGGUUCCGAAGAAGAUACGACGAUCCAGAUUCCGAUGCAAGAAGGAUGGGAAUCUAAGGAUCAGCGUACUUUUGAAGGAGAUAUGAAUGAGGCUCUGACGAGGUUUUUGGAGAUUAUUAUGAAGGGGGUGCUGAGGAAUAAGGAAUCUCGAGGAGCACCGCUCGAAGAUCUUUUGUCGCAAGCUAAGGAGAAGAGGUCUGUGUAUAUGAGGACCAAGGGUACUCGCUGA